AUGGAUAAAGGAAAUGAUUCUGUCAUUACUGAGUUCAUUCUUCAGGGAUUCACAGACAAUCCCAAAAUGCAGCUUGUUCUUUUUAUGGUCUUCCUCUUGGUUUAUGCCAUCACCUUGUUAGGGAAUCUUGGCAUGAUUCUCUUGAUUUGCACUCAACCCCAACUUCACAAACCCAUGUAUUACUUCCUGGGCAGCCUCUCCUUUGCUGAUCUCUGCUGUUCCUCAAACAUUGCUCCUAAAAUGUUGACUGACUUACUAAGUGAAACUAAAAGGAUUUCUUACAAUGCCUGUGCUACACAGCUCUUUCUAUUCAGUUUGUUUGGAGAUACAGAGUGCGUUUUGUUAGCUGUGAUGGCCUAUGACAGAUAUGUGGCCAUCUGCAAUCCACUUCUCUAUCCAACUGUAAUGUCCAAAAAGACCUGCCAGCAAUUGAUCACUAUUGCGUACUUCACAGGCCUGCUGGAUUCAACAAUUCAUACUUUCUGUACAUUCCGACUAUCAUUCUGCAGCUCGAAUAUUAUCAAUCACUUCUUCUGUGAUGAGCCUCCACUUCUAAUUCUCUCCUGUACUGAGACAUAUGUUAAUGAGAUUGUGAUAUUUACCAUUUAUGGCUGCCUUGAGGCAAGCAGCAUUGGCAUGAUUCUUGUAUCCUAUCUUUAUAUUUUGGGGACAAUCCUGAGGAUGCGCUCCACUGAGGGCAGGCACAGGGCAUUUUCCACCUGCGCCUCUCACCUGACAGCUGUUGGGAUGUUCCAUGGGACAAUACUCUAUAUGUACUUCCGGCCGAGUUCCAGCUACUCAAUGGACCAAGACAAAUGGGCUUCUAUGUUCUACACGGUUGUGAUCCCCAUGCUCAACCCUCUCAUCUACAGCCUGAGGAAUAAGGAGGUGAAAGAUGCUGCUCUACCACUUCUGAAGAAGAAGAACUUCAUCGACCAGCUGGGGAAAGCGGCGGGCAAAUCACCCGUGCGGACCAAAAAGAUGACAGCGGCCAGGGGAGAGAUCGGAGUAAAGGAGAUACCUUACUCCAGCGGAGAGGAGGAGAACGACCCAGAAGAACUGGUGGGAAACGCCAGCCACCUGCCCUAA